UCCCGGGACUGUGGCUUUUCCCUAAGUUAACAUGGCUGCCGGAGGUUCUUUACCGUGGUGACCGUGAGGCAGAGCACCGAGGCUUGGCCCGACGUCCCGGCAGCCAUGGCGCUUCGGUCUCGAUGCUGGAAAAGUCUGUUGGUUUGCAGGAACCUGGAGUGUGGGUUCUCAGCCCUCUCCACCCGCCCCACGCCUGCCGUGAAGCCCGAAGUGGAGACUCCGGAAAACGAAGCUAUUGCCCCAGAAUUCACCAACCGGAACCCUCGGAACCUGGAGCUCUUAGGGGUAGCCAGGAAAGAACGGGGCUGGGCGACAGUGUGGCCUUCCCGUGCGUUCUGGCACAGGUUGCGGGUUAUAAGGACCCAGCAUCAUAUAGAAGCACUCGUCGAGCAUGGAAAUGGCCAGGUUGUGGUUUCAGCAUCUACUCGUGAAUGGGCUAUUAAAAAGCACCUUUAUAGUACCAGAAACGUCGUGGCCUGUGAAAGUAUAGGGCGAGUGUUGGCAGAGCGGUGCCUAAAAGCAGGAAUCAAUUUCAUGGUCUACCAACCAACUCCUUGGGAGGCAUCCUCAGACUCGAUGAAGCGUCUGCAAAAUGCCAUGACAGAAGGUGGGGUGGUAUUACGGGAGCCUCGAAGAAUCUAUGAAUGAGAUAGAAGUAUUGACACCUUGAAAGAGUACAUAGAAAACUAUCAGCUACUACAUCCACCGAAAGAAGUCACCUGCAUUAAAAAGAGGAAAAGCUUCCUGAAAAACCAGACUGGAAGUUUUAUACCAGUAAUGUCACAGUGAAGAUUAUUUAUAGUUAUUCUUGCCCCCUUCUGUGUGGUUUUGUGUGACUCAGGAGCUAUACUCCUUCCCUUGGACCUGUGACGUACCUAAGGAAAUCAUUCACUAGUUGUAAACAUUUGAAGAAUAAAAGUUUUAUAAAAACA